AUGGUGGAAACGGAGCAACGCCUCGCCAAGAAACACAUCGUCGUCGUUACUGGAACGGACCGGGCUCUUUAUUCACUUUUGUUCCAGACGACAGACGAAUCGCAGAAGAUCAGUCUCGGGGCACUUCGUGGAAUUUCGACUAGCACCGAACUGGUCAAAAGAAUUGUCAUAAGCGAUACGUAUUUUUCCGACACGUGUCCGGCUGAUCCCAUUUGUGAUGAGAAAGCGAAGACAAAUCCCUUUCGAACACCCGAUGGUUCGUGCAACAAUCUCCUUCGCUCUUCCUGGGGCAAAUCACGCACUCAGUUCCAACGUCUUUUCGUCCCAGUUUACGCUGAUGCUCGUUUAGGUGAAAUCCAGUGCUGCAUGGAAGACGGCCAGCACAUUGACAAGGAUAUGCUCCAUCCCGAAUGCCUGCCCAUUGACAUCCCGAAAAACGACCCCUUUUUCUCCAAGUUGUCUCCUGCCAGACGUUGCAUGAACUUUAUCCGGUCGGCUCCCGCACGCAGAUCCGAUUGCAGACUGGGUUACGCCGAACAGAUGAAUGACAACACUCAUUUGUUGGACCUUUCGAACGUGUACGGCUCGGACGCCAAGGUAGCGCGUGAGUUGCGGACGCACAAAAAAGGCUCCCUCAAUGUCACUUCCCAAAUAGAAAUUAAUUCUGGCCACCCAGUAAAGCCUGUGGGGCUAGACUUUCUGCCAUACGACGAGGCCUCGGGAACAGGAAUUUCAUCUUGCGCCCUGUCGAAAGGAGUAACCGGGAAGGAGCCAUCCGCUCAUGUGAAAUGCUUCAAAGCAGGAGAUGGGCGAUCAUCCGUGACUCCAAAUUUAGCCGUUACGCACACCAUUUUUAUGCGUCAACAUAACAGACUCGUGGAUUUGCUGGCCCAUUUGAACCCGCACUGGAAUGACGAGCGUCUCUACCAGGAAGCCAAACGCAUUCUGGCGGCUCAAAUGCAGCACAUCACCUACAACGAAUGGCUGCCCGUCGUUAUCGGCCGGGAGAAGAUGCAGGAGCUUGGCCUGUUGGUAUACUAA